CAUUAAUGACGCAUAGCUAUGGUUAGUGGUUGCUAACACGAUAGUCAGCUAGCUAACAAGCUAACUGCUGCUAUAGGGAGGAGUACGGUAGGUUCGCUAGCCUUCUGUGCUCAGUCCGACGAGAGGCGUAUUUGUGUUAGCUGCUUCUCACAGUGUGACCAAAACACCAUCCUGCUAUGAUUUUGAACAUUUAACCAGCAUAGCGGUGAAUUUAGUAUAUCUGGGGGGAGUAUAUACAUUUUCAAGGCACCUGGUUUGCUCGGUAGUUUCGGAUGCUAGCGUUACAUAAUCUCGCUGUUGCAAGUCAAAUGGCUCCACUUUCCAGUGUCACUGUGGUUCUUCUCAAGCUAUCGUUUCCUUGACCAACACGCGAGAUGGGAACUAAUGUUCUUGGUAGUAUAGUGGAUUUACAGUCAUUACUACAUCCAAAAUAACGACUGUAACACAACCAACCAAUGAUAGUUUUUAAGAUAUAUUCAUCACGCGAUGUGAUCCAAAAUCCACAAUGUGUGAGGACAUUUAAGAACGAUUGAGUUCGGAAGAAAAAAAUCUUGAUUCCAGUGGAAUCUUCCAUAUAUUAUAUAUAUGUUAUUAUUAUAUUUUUUCUCUGUGUAAAAGCUUACGUAUAUUUACACACACUUGUCCCAUCAACAUAUAACCAUGCCAGUGCAAGCACCACAAUGGACAGAGUUCCUGCUGUGCCCAAUCUGCACACAGACAUUUGAGGAGACUGUUCGCCGGCCCAUCAGCUUGGGCUGUGGACAUACUGUCUGCAAGAUGUGCCUGAACAAGUUGCACCGUAAGGCCUGUCCCUUUGACCAGACAGCCAUCAGCACAGACAUUGAGCAGCUACCUGUCAACACAGCCCUGUUGCAGCUGGUGGGAGGCCAGGUUCCUAAGGCUCAGCCAGUUGCCUUGAUUACCAGUCCAGAGGACUCGCAGCAUUAUGAGGAGGCCAGGCAAUGUGUGGAGGAGCUGGCCCUCUACCUCAAACCCCUCAGCAACACCCGAGGUGUGGGUCUGAGCAGCACGGCCCAGAGCAUGCUGAGUCGACCCAUGCAGAGGAAACUGGUAACUCUGGUCCACUGCCAGCUGGUGGAGGAGGAAGGCCGUGUCAGAGCCAUGAGGGCUGCCCGCUCUCUGGGUGAGCGAACUGUCACGGAACUCAUCUUGCAGCAUCAGAAUCCACAGCAGCUCUCCUCCAAUCUGUGGGCCGCUGUCCGUGCGCGAGGAUGCCAGUUUCUCGGCCCAGCAAUGCAGGAGGAAGCUCUGAAGUUGGUUCUUCUUGCUCUAGAGGAUGGGUCUGCUCUGUCCAGAAAAGUGUUGGUUCUUUUUGUAGUCCAGAGGCUGGAGCCACGCUUUCCACAGGCUUCUAAAACAAGCAUAGGUCAUGUGGUGCAGCUCCUCUACAGGGCCUCCUGCUUCAAGGUGACCAAACGUGAUGAAGAUUCAUCCCUGAUGCAGCUGAAAGAGGAGUUUCGUACUUAUGAGGCUCUGCGGCGUGAGCAUGACUCCCAGAUUGUUCAGAUUGCCAUGGAGGGAGGGCUGCGCAUCGCACCUGACCAGUGGUCUUCUCUGUUAUAUGGAGAUCAGUCUCACAAGUCACACAUGCAGUCUAUCAUAGAUAAGCUGCAGACCCCAGCGUCUUUUGCUCAGAGUGUCCAGGAGCUGACGAUUGCGCUGCAGAGGACCGGCGACCCAGCCAACCUCAACAGGCUGCGGCCACACCUGGAACUACUGGCCAACAUUGAUCCCAGUCCAGAUGCACCCCCUCCUACAUGGGAGCAGCUCGAGAAGGGGUUGGUAGCAGUGAAGACAGUGGUACAUGGCCUGGUGGACUUCAUCCAGAACCACAGCAAGAAAGGAGCUGAUCCUCAGCAGCCUCCUCAGCACAGCAAGUACAAGACAUACAUGUGUCGUGACAUGAAGCAGAAAGGAGGCUGUCCUCGUGGAGCCAGCUGCACUUUUGCUCACUCUCAGGAAGAACUGGAGAAGUAUCGUAAGAUGAAUAAGCGUCUGGCAGCUCGCCUCCCGGGCCCAGGAGGGCUCAUACCAGAUGAGGGCAUUCCUCUUGAUGUAGCAGUGACCCGGAAGCCUUCACCCCUCCCCAAUGGCAGUGUUGCACCCUCUUUGCCCCAGCUCAUUGCCCGUGGCACAGACACAGUCCCGUAUGAACUUUUGCGUAAACCUGUCAAGAUGGAUGGAGGGAGUCCCAGUGCCCCAGGAUCACCACCUGAUGUCCUGGACAGUGUGCCCAAACCUGGUAUGCCUCUGCCACCUCAUGCCAUGGCCCACCCAAGGAUGCCAGCGGACCACCUCUCCGGGGUGAAGCACAUGCCCGUGGUACCUAGAAGUUCUACAGUGUACCCUCAGCCACAGCUCCCUGAGAUGUGCUAUGACACUCGUCCACCACCUUCUGCUUCUCAGUAUGAGCCCCCACAGUACCCCACAGGGUACCCAUACCAGCAGCCUCCACAGUAUGUCCCUCGGGAUUACAUCCGUAACCCUCCUCCCCCCAGUGAGUCAGGACCCCCUUACCAGGACCCCUAUCCUGGCUACGGCCCUCCGGAGCGCCCCUACCAGGCCCCUCACUCUGGCCCAGCUUUCUCCUACCCUCACCCUCCACACUAUGACAGAAGUCGCCAUGGGGCCUACACUGGUCCACCGCCUCCCCCACAGCCUUACCCAUCUCAGAGAGAUAACUUGGUGAGAAUGAGUCCAGCACCUAUGGAUGUUCCUCCGCCAUCAGCGGCACAGGCUAACUCACUUUACCACCAGGAGCCCAGUGCCCGGGAUAGAUACCCACCAGAUGGCUACUAUCCACCAGGUGCCCAGGCUCCACCAAUGAGAGCUUAUGUUAGGGGGCCAUCAUAUAGUGGUUCACAGCCCAGCCUGGACUAUCUGCACCGUCGUCGGCAGGAGCUGUUAUCCCAACUGGAGGAAAGGAAGGUCAUCUCCCCUCCACCAUUCGCUGCCUCCCCGACUCUUUCUCACCCCUUUCCCAGCGACUACCCUCCCGAGUAUGGUGAGGAAAACUCCAAAACCAUUGUGAAAUGCAGAGAGCCCGACUAUGCAGGGCAGUACUCUCCCUGGUCUUGUGAAACCAUUGGCUCCUACAUUGGCACAAAGGAUGCCAAACCCAAAGAUGUUAUGGUUCCUGGUACCAUGGAGAUGAUGAAUGUGGAGGCUAAGGGUCUGAGGGAACCAUCGCUGGAGGCUCCUCGGAGGGGUACAGAAGUCAAGGACGAUGACCCCAUUAUCCCAUUUGGUCCCCAGCCCACUGUAUCACGUUUUGGUGCCAUUUCCCGCACCUCAAAGACAGGCUACCAGACCACUGGCCCUGUGCAGGCUAUGGCCUCCACUCCCCAGAACCCAAACUCUAAACAUAUGGCCAUGCCAGCAGAAUACUCAUAUGGAAGCCAUGGAGGAUGGGGGGGAGCUUCAUAUCCCUCCCACCAGACUGCCUCCUCCUCUCAGGGACACUUUAGUGAGCGCCUACCUAUGGCAGCCCCAGACAGAGAACAGUUAAAAAUUGAGCUGCAGCAGGUCAACCAGCAGAUCAACCAACAGACCCAGAUGCACGGGAUGGAGGCUGCCAGUAACUCUUUACUGUUGCAGAGGGAGGCCAGUGCAUUAGCAGGUCAGCCUGUGCAGCCCAGCCAAGGCCAGGCGGCAGCAGCAGCAGCCGCCCAGCAACAGCAGCAGCCCAAGUGGCCAGCAGGGGGAGCAAGUGCAACGGCUGUCUCCAGUGAACAGCUAAGCCUGGAGCUCCACCAGGUGGAGAGAGAGAUCGGCAAGAGGACCCGAGAGAUGGCUAUGGAAAACCAAGUAGCGCACGAUGUACAGCAGUACAAGUUGAAACCUGCAGAGAAUGGACAACCAGAGCACAAGACUCAGCUGGAGGAAAUCUCCCUGGCUCUUGGAGAGGUGUCAAACGGCUCUAGCAGCCUGCAGGAAAGUGCAGUGGGCGGGUCCAUGCUGUCACUGACCAAUAAGACAUCUGCGUUGAGCCUGUGUUCUGAUCCAGGUGCCGCUGGUUCAGAGAUGCAGAAGAAUGGCGUCGUCCAUUCCUGCUCUUAGGCAGUACACACUUAAACACACACAUACACACACACACACACACACACACACACACACACACACACACACGCACACUCAAGAUGCUCGAUUGAAAAGCAUGCACAGGCACACAUACACCCAUUCUAUUUAGAAGAUGAGCAGUAUCUGCCGUGAUAUGAAUUUUCUUUCUUUUUGUUCUGUGAAUGAGCUUUUUUUAAUGACUUUCCUUGCCUGGAAACCAGGGCAUAUGAUAACAUUUCUUGUGUGUGUUUCUUUUUUCUUUUUUUCUACUGGGAUAAUAGAUUAACAAGGCUCGCAAUAUAUAUUCAAGGAAGAGAAAAUGCUGGUGAUGUUGACAGUAUUAUUGUAACUUCAUUCAGAAAGAAUAGGCCUAUUCCAUCCUUAACAAACCCUAAAACAUAGUCAAGUAUUUGAUUGAUUCUCCUCAUCUGAGAUUUUUGGAUUAGUUGUCCCAGAAUACAUGUAAUGAACGGUUGGAUACAGAGGAGCAGAUUAACAAGCACUAUUCCAUCACAGACACUCACAGGAGCUUCUCUUGUUGCAAUCUGAUGAUGUGUGAAGGUAUUGUAGGAAACAGCAGAGGUGCAUCGCUCAGUACUCACCCCCAGAAUCGUAAAAAAAAACAAGUGGUUGCCCAGAUCUAGAUGGUCUGAGGAGGGAAAAGCAGAACAAUGAUCCACCAGUAUUCAGCAGUAAACAGAGAUGCAAGGUGUUUGAGAAAUGACUUUUGCACCACAUGCACUUCCUCACCUGCCACGUGAAGUAUGAUUUUUUUUUUUUAUUGGUGCAUUUUAUGAACACACUGUAUGUCAUAAAGUUUCAUACUUGAAAGCAGUAAAUUCCAUAUUUGAUUGAAGCAUUCUGUUUUAAAGAUUGCAACAAGUCUUUUUGAUAUUGAGCUUUCCCACAAGUUUUCUAUAAGGGAAUCUACUAGUGCUUCUCUUGGUUGUGGUGUGACCUGAUGUGGUUUGGUUACAAUGCCUUUCGCCUGUGCUCCAGAGGGCUGCAUUCAGUCCUCGCCGAUUUAUGUUGUGAAAUUUUUCACAGUAUGCUCGAAAAUAGUAGGGUUGUUUUUUGUUUUUUUUUUGAGUGAAUGCACAUGAUCUGGCUUUGAGAGUACAUCUUCCUGCUUCAGGAGUCAGGUGAAUGAGUGUAAACUUUAUAAAGUCAGGGAAAAUAAACAAGGAUUUCCCUCCUCAGUGCUUCUUAUCUGGCCACACAAAAGGCCUCCCCAUUGGGAUUAUCUUGUCAUUUGUUCUCCUAACUUCUAUGAAGUUGCCUUCCCUUGUGUCUUUUUGUUAAAUUUUUGUUUUAUUUUUUCAUGCUUUACGUUGUUACGAUUUUGGGGGGCGAAGCUUACCUAGUGAAGGCACCUAGAGCUCAACAGGAUGCACAUCCUUCUCUCUGUCAUGAAAUGGUUAAAUUUGGAGCAAAACCUAGACUUAACAUCUGUAGUCUUAGAAAAGUCACUGACUGUUGUAGUGUUUUUAGCUACACAGUGCAUUUGAAAUCAUGUUUACAGCUGAGGAUAAUAGUGUUGGUUACUGAGGGGUAAAACAAACUUAAGGUUUGAUAAUUUUUAUUGCAUUGAGUAUAUUUAACGAUCUUUAGUGGUUAGUACAAUAUUCUGUUCACUUUAUCACAUUUUUCUCUUCAUAGCUUGCUGUCAUCAUCACCAUCAUUACCAUUAUUACUGCUCUUUCUGCAUCGUGUAAAUUGUUUACUGCUGAUGCUCUACGUGGAGCUCUUUGCCUUCUGUAAACAAUUAGCAUGAUCAGCAACAGUUUGACAGCUCUGCUGAGAGCGAGUGAGCCCUUGUGCUUGAACGGUUGAAGGAUAGAGGAAAUGCUCUGGGGUCAAGUCAUUGUAGUUUAACGUCGAGCCUCCGUUUCGGUCAGACGAGGGGUACUGAGAAACUGACAGAGUUUGACAAAUCCCUGAUAACUGAUGAGUCAAUUAAAGAAAGACACAAAUGUUUUUGUGUCCUCCAUCCUCAUCUGGGUUGCUUGAUGGGCAUCUCUUCCAAGUUGUCAGCACCAUGAUAGUGGAUGUUUCGGGUUUUCUUUUUUUGUUUCUUUUUUAGUUUUUCCAACCACACUUCAAGCCUCUGGAUUUUCUCGCUACAUUUAUUGUUUAGGUACACAGCUCACUUAUACAUAUGAGUAUGUAUACAUACAUUAAUAUACUAAAGCACUAUUAACGUGCCACCUCUUAUUCUACUCGCUCAGCAUUUAUAUUAAAUGAUCUCUACUAAGAAUCAGCAAAUUUUUUUUUUUUUUCUUGUUGUUUGAUUUGUUUUUCUGUCCACUGGUUGCCAACACAGACUUUAUCCUUUCCCAGAUGAAGGACUUCUGUGCGCAUUGAUGUGUGUUCACUUAAUCGUUUGUGUUCAAACAAAGAUGUUCUUUAUAGACUAUGCUUCCAAAGAAGACAAAAUUCUGUAACUUUGGAAAAUUUAUGGAGAAGUUUUGUGUGUGCUAGAUUGUAUUGUAGAAAAUGUACCCUGACUAAGUUUUUCUUUUUUCCCCUCAAAGUGUGCUGUACUGGGUGAUAGUGUUGAGGUAUUAGAAAAGUGUUGGGAUUUCCCCCCACCCACACACCCCCACCAAGGAUACUCUGAUGAAAGGUUGGCCUUAAAUCCUCUUGUAAUGCUCCUUUACCCCGUCUGCUUUAGGAGCAUGAGAUAACUGGGGGUGACGGAAUUGGCAUGAUUUAGAGUCAUACAGAUGAACUCUAGCAGACCCAUCCCUCUUUUUGAAAAUGUCAUACAAAACAGCUACAAUGCAAUAACACAAAUUUCUCAAGGUUUGAAGCAAAAUGGUUAUUUUAUUGUUUUGUUUAGUUUUUUUUAAGGAAAUGUCUGUUCUUUCUUUUUGUUUGUUUCUGCAGUAGUUGAGUGAAUUUACUGACCUGCAAGUCUUACAGUCUUGAAUGCAUCAACUGACCUGAUGUGAGUUCAACAGCAAGUGAGAUACAAGAGUGACACAAUGAUUUAGUUUCUCUUUGACAACUAUUCACACAAAAUUGGCAACAGAGUUUAAUUCUGCGGUCAUACAUUUUUCAGAAACUUAAUUUAUAAUGACUUAGAAAAAGAGAAAAUGGGGUUUGGCCAUGAAUUGGCAACAUUUAAUGGUGUUAAUUCAAUGUUUUCUCUCAUUCUCUCUUAAGUGCAAGUCAACCAAAAUUCUCACAAUGUUGAUUCUACCUGAUAGGUCUAUGCAGGUCUGAAUGAGCCUAAAACGCCUUUAGCUCAGCAGAACUGACACACAAUGGCUUAGGGGAUGGUUACUAUAUAUUGAGUAGCAGAAAUGUUCAUUUCAAUCUCCUGUGUGUUUUUGUUUCUGAGUGAAACUGCUGCCUCUAGCCCUCAUUUACAUAACCAAUUAACCCCUCCACUCCCACCCUUGACCACUGAACUCUGUUACUGCUGUUUGAGGCUCACAUUUUAUUCCCUGACUUUCUGGGGAAAUUCGCAAAUGGCUUUUUUAUAUGAUUACUCCCUUGUAAAAUAUCUCUUAAAUUAAGGUACAGGUUUGAUUUCAGCAAGAAAAAAGAAGUUUUUAUAUGUAUAUUAUACUCCAUUAAGGAAUGUCUAGAAUUAUCUUCCUCCAAUGUGGAUGUAGCCAUUAUUACGCCAUUUUAUGACUUUGUAAGAGAAUUCACUGUGUGAAAAUUGGUUUGCAUUUUUGUAUAAUACAAUCUGCUUUUUUUUGUUUGAUACGAGAGGGAGGUCAAACUGGAAGUUUGAAGAGGAAAAAAAAUGAACCUGUGAAAUUGAGAAAACAAAAUGUAACUUAUGUACAACAGUGAUUCUAAGCUGAGGGGGAAAGAUUAAAUGAUAUUGCUAACUCUGAAA